AUGGACUCACAAGGCAGAAAGAUAAUCGUUGUCGAUAACGGGUCUGGGUUCGUUAAAUGUGGUUACGCAGGAACCAAUUUCCCCACACACAUAUUUCCAUCAUUGGUAGGACGACCUCUCGUCAGGUCAUCACAGAAAGUUGGCAAUAUAGAGAUCAAGGAUCUCAUGGUAGGAGAAGAGUGCUCUCAACUACGACAAAUGCUCGAUAUAUCGUAUCCAAUGGACAACGGUAUCGUACGUAAUUGGGAGGAUAUGGGCCAUGUUUGGGAUCAUACCUUCGGACCAGAGAAAUUAGACAUCGAUCCAAAGGACUGCAAACUGCUUCUCACCGAGCCGCCACUAAAUCCUAGUAGCAACCGAGAACGUUUAUUUCAAGUGAUGUUUGAACAAUAUGGUUUUCAUUCUAUCCACGUUGCUGUACAAGCCGUGUUGACACUGUAUGCUCAAGGCCUCCUGACGGGUGUUGUAGUGGAUUCAGGCGACGGCGUUACCCAUAUUUGUCCCGUGUACCAGGGUUAUGCCUUGCAUCAUUUGACGCGGAGGCUCGACAUUGCUGGGCGAGAUAUUACUCGCUAUUUAAUUAAGCUGUUAUUGUUACGUGGUUACAAUUUCAACCAUUCUGCUGAUUUUGAAACUGUUCGAUUAAUGAAGGAGAAGUUGUGUUAUGUGGCAUAUGAUGUUGAACAAGAACAAAAACUCGCUCUUGAAACGACAGUUUUGUCCCAGACGUACACGUUACCUGACGGACGUACAAUUCGACUGGGUGGUGAGAGAUUUGAGGCUCCUGAAGUCCUGUUCCAGCCACAUUUAAUCAAUGUCGAAAAGCCAGGAUUGUCAGAAACUCUCUUUGGCUGCAUUCAAUCUAGUGAUAUUGAUACCCGUCUUGAUUUUUACAAACAUAUUGUGUUAUCUGGUGGAUCAACAAUGUAUCCCGGAUUACCUAGCAGACUUGAGAAGGAGAUGAAGCAGUUGUAUUUGGAUCGUGUUUUGAAAGGAAACACGGAGUUGUUCCAGAAGUUCAAAGUACGUAUAGAAGCGACACCGUUUCGGAAACACAUGGUAUUCCUUGGUGGAGCAGUGCUUGCUAAUAUUAUGCGGGAUAGGGAUCAAGUAAGUGAUGCGUGUUUUUGA